AUGGCGACGCCCGGCUCUCCGAGCCCCCGUGCCGACGUGCCCCUCGAUUCUGCGCCGCUGCUGGGCGGUGCCUCCGGCGGCGGGAGCCGUCGCCGAGGCGGAGCGCUCCGCCGGCCCUCCCUCCGCGGCGCGGCGCGGCUGCUGCGCCGCGCCGGGCGGCGGGCCAUGCGGGAACCCUCGGUGCUGGUGCGGGAGGCCGCCGCAGAGCACCUCGAGGAGCGGCAGGCUGAUUGGGCCUACUCCCGCCCCGCCGUGGCGCUCGACCUGCUCUGGAACCUCGCCUUCAUCACCGUCGCUGCGGUCGUGCUCGUGCUAAGCCGCGACGAGGACUCCCCAUGCCGCUCCGGACCUGGGUCGCCGGCUACGCCCUGCAGCGCGUCGUACACAUGGUCUGCGUCGCAAUCGAGUACCGGAUGCGCCACGGCCAGCGCGGCGGCGCCGGCGCAGCGCCUGCUGACGAGGAAAGGGGCAGCGACGGAUCGUCCUCGUCCAGUGAUGAGGGUGACAGGGAGCUCGAUCGCCAUGGUCGCCGCACCGAUUACGCCAGGUAACCUGAUGGAUCUGCUCGGAAAUAUUUCUAAAGCUGCUUAUGCACAGCACAUCUACGUUAAUAUCCAUGUAUCGUGUUAUUCUUAUCCCAACUUAACUGGACCAAUACAGGCGGGUGGUAGUGUAGCUUCUAGUGAAAUAUUCAGUGUGCUUAUCGUAGUUAUAGUGUCACUGAAUGGAAUAAAUUGGAGAAUUUCAUUUGUGAUCAACCUGGACAUAAUAUCCCCGAUGCAAGGGCAAACGAAGCACAUUAAAGUAUUGAAUUGA